AUCGCAUACAGGUGUUGUGCCUUGUGUGUUGAACGACUAGCCUCAGAGUGCUUUGGGAGACGAUGGAUGCAAGUAGUUCAUAAACGCACACAUAUCGAGUGGGUGUCGAGAUGCAAGGGCCAAGUAAGGAUCGUGGCGAAUAGGGACGGAUGAGGUACAGACCAAGGUCAGAUGUCAGGGCUGCAGGGGUAUAAAAGGAGGCACGAUUGAGGACAGGUCAAAACAUAAAAGGGGCAUCUUCCUCUCAUUCCCCUCAUUCCCCUCAUUUCCCUCAUUUCCCUCAUUCCCCCACUCCCUAAGUCAGAAAUAAUUCGUCUUCUUCAAAUCCAUCAAGGAUAGUCUAGCAAGGCCACCCCGAAGAUGGGAAUUCCCUUUCUACACUCUCUCCUUGAUGAUUCGGACAAAGCUAAAACGACCCUGAAAGAACACCUACGAUUGACGGCCAACCCGAGCAAUGGUGAGUCCCCAAAAAAAGAAUCGAAUGUUAAAGAAUCUUCGGAAAGUUUAAUGUGGCCACUUCCAGUGGACGUGAGCAAUAUUUCUUAUUCAAUCAUGGAGCAUAAAUUCAAAAAGGGGAAUGAGCUUAUUAAAUUAGGCAGAUGUCCUCAUCUGAUUGAGAAGUUUAUCUUGUCUUUCAUCGAUUUUCUUUCAAAAGAUAAUUUUCAUCCCAUUUUCGUGACCGACGGCUUGCGUCCUAAGAGCAAAAUGAAUAGUGACCCUCGGAUCGACAAGAGCAAUGACACAUAUUCGUUGUGUGAAGAUGGGAAAUAUAAAUCGCCAGAAAGCGGAAGCACGUCAAGGGCCAUUGUAGGUGAACCUGCCUCGGAAGAUCCCCCUCCGUCUUCUUCGAAGCCGAUAAAACUAGGACAGGGUCCAUCGGACGAAGAUCUUAAUCAAUUGGCUUCCUUAAAAAAUGGGAUGCCUCAUUUGAUAAGAAUUAUUAUUUGGCACCUCUCGACCAAAGAGCAACUGUUCCCAAAAAAGUUAACAUUCGUCAAUUCAGCAGUCGAAGCUGAUGAUUUAUUGACGGAGCUGAGUCUAGAUUUCGGCAUUCCUGUUUUAAGCGGUGAUACGGAUUUCUUGAUCCGCGGUGAAGGCUUCAUACCUAUGAGUUCCAUUUUGCAAAAGGUCGUAUUGGAUGAGAAUGAGCAGUUUAAUUUCAACGCCUCCUCGAUAUUGGACAUGGAUUGCUAUUCAACGAAAAAGGUCUUUUCGCAAGAGUUGAGCCGGAAGACCCCAUGGAUUCCCUUGUUUCUUGGAAGCGACCAUGGACCGCCAGAUCCUUUGGUCAUUGAGUCGACAAUUGGAUUGAUCUUAAAACAGGUGGUUGAGUCGGUUAAGAACAAACACACGACAUCUACGUGUAAAUCGACUGAUGAUUCGAUCGAAGAAACAAUUCUACAUGUGAUCGAUUUAACACGACAAAAAAUUACGAACAUUAAAACAGAUACCAAAAAAAAGUUAAAGGAGAAACAGUCGGAAGCAAGAAAAAGGGGAUUUGGUGUGGCAUUGACAUACUUAGAAGGUAAACCUAAUGGCGAAAUCAAAACCGAUACUCAAGGCAAUAAUGAGUCGGCCAAGACGCCAUUGGGAGAGGCAAUCAAACUUAUAAGCAACAAGAUUAUCAUGCUUUUGGUUGAAAGCCAUAUGGAAUCAUUUAAGAAAGAAUUAGGCAGUCUAGUGAGAAAUAAGUAUUGUGGGGCGAUAAAAGCGGCAGAGAUAAAUAAUCAGCCCUGUAAAUAUGUCAAGGCAGCAAUCGAGCCUUCAAUCGAAGAAGGAGUCCUAGCUGGGAUCAAUUGGUUAAAGCAUGAACUAUGCUCUUCUAUAAAACCCGAAGAAAUUGCAGACGCGAUCUAUCGUGAGAUCAUGCACCAGACGGAUGUCAGCAGAAAGAGUGGCUGUGAAGCAAUGACAAGGGAGCUCGGAGUGGCAAUCAGAGAUACAGUCGAUGAAAUGGUUGAUGAUAUUAUUGGGUUAGGCCAGUUGGGAGAUCACUUAAAAAAUGCAAAAGAAUGUUACGACGCCCCAGAUGGAGACUAUGUCAAAGCCAAACCAAAGGCGAGGUAUGGUCGGAAGCAUCCUGGAUUCAACCUCGAUUAUCUCUCCAUAAUCCUUCAUCGGCUCCCAUAUUUCUCAAGCAAUUACGGUGGCUUGGAAAAAGACAAACUUUCCGCGGAUUCUCGAAGUGAAAACAUAAUCAUUGUGGAUGAUAACCAUCGGCAAAAUAUCUCAAACCACCUGAGCGGUCUCCUGGGGCAUAAAAUUAUGGACAGAAUCCUGGCCGGGAGACGCUCGGAUCCCCUAAAAAUGAACAAAGAACAACAAACCAAGAAAAUCCGUGAAGGGCAUUGUAAUGAUUGCCUUCAGCUUCAGUUUUUAAGACCUGAACAAUCCAUCCCACGAGAUAUUAACCUGGAACUGACGUCGUCAAUUUGUAUUUACUAUUCAGCUCUUAAAUUAUACAUUCGUAGCUUGUUUGACAAUAGUCGCUACUCGACUCUGGAAAUUAUGAAAAAGGUUCAUAAGUUAUGGCUGACCGAAAUACAGAUGUUGAAAGCACAAUUGAUCAUAGCUUUAAAAACACAGAGCGGAAGUAUUAAUUUCCAAAGAAAUGGCUCCAUUUCGGAGAUUGAUUUUGAUAGGCGCAUAACCGCGAUUGAACACUUUGUCCGGGAGGGCAAUCCUUUAAGUUAUGUAUGCGACAAUGUAUCACGGAAUGAGCAUCGGCGGAUUUUGUUUGCAGUCAUCUAUGUUUGCGAUUUCAUGAUUGAGACAGUUGCAUUAUCUGUGUGUGUGGUCUUGGGAUUAUAUGGAUACCAACAGUCUGCGAGAGUUGAAGCAGUAAAGUCAGGAUUAAAUGAAACUCUUACUAAUAUUACCUAUGCUUUAGCAAAGGUAUCCUACGUCUUUCAACAACAAUUUACGUUUAAGUAUAACCGGAGUGUCCACAGUCAGAUCUGGACUCUUCAAUUUAAAAUCUCUUCGGGCAACCUUCUCCAAUGGAUAGACGAAAAAGACUACCAGGCUAUGUAUUCCGAGGUUUCUGCGGUCUCCAUGGAUCAAAAUAAAGCACCAUCAAUCGUUAUGAGCAAUGUCUCAAAUCGCAGUCUUGCGUCAAACGAUAAAUGUAAAACGUGUGUGUUUAUUAGAAACAAUAUCCCAAGGGAGAAAACUCAUAUGCUGUGGGCUCCUAAUAAUUCUGACAAUGGAGAUGGUCCGACCAUCUGGGAUCCUACUCGGCUAUCACGCUUCCUUUCUUAUUUGGUCUGGUCAAUCAACGAGUUUUUUCCCGUGACACAUGUGGAAAUGCACCAAUUCCAUGCGGACUCGGAGAAAAGGAUUGUCUACAAUAUUUUCAAUCGUAGUUGUAUGUCGAUUGGCGACUAUGAUUCGAUGAAAAAGAAUGAAAUUUAUUCCAAGACUAUCGAAAAUCGCAAGUUUUUUUCUGCGCUUGGCAAUAAUGAUAAAGAACUAGGAGUUGCCUCAUGUCUCGAGAGAAACUGGAAAGAACUGGACGAGAUGUCAUGGGAAAGAACAAAUGCCAACUGUAAGGAUAUGAACUUUUCAACCCAAGACCGUGAUAUCUUAAACAACAGUUUACGUGAUAUGGAAUCAGAGUGGUUUAUGAUGAGUGUUCCAAAGGAUCGCCAAACUCAUCCUGAUUAUCCGGCUAAUAUGCUUUGUUAUACUCUGAUAAAUUUCUUGCUUCAGAAUCAAGGUCAAACGAUCGAUCGUAUUCAUCUGGCAUUCAUCAUCAUGCCAUAUCUCAACAAUAUCAGUCUGCUCAAAAUUAAAAACAGACUUGUGAAACUUAAAUUGAGGCAAAAAGAAGAUGGCCAACUUUCUAUCCGUUUCUCUUCAAAUCCUUAUGCCCAUGAGAAAAUUAUCACACACCCAGAUGCCAAAUCCGUUCUCAGCAUUUACAAUAUGGUGAUUCUUAUUUGUUUAAUGAGGGGGAAUUCGACCGACAACACAUUGACUCUAAAGUCAUUUCUCAAGGAGGUAAAUCUCACCGGCCCAGUUCUAAAUUCAGCUGUCGCGUUAUUGGAAAAUCCAGAUUGGCUAAAGCUCUCUGACGGAGACUAUCAGAGUGACUUGGAUGUGGUUCUCACUUGGUGCCUACGGAAUGUGGAAAGAGAAUUCAUUGAUGGUAGGAUCACAAGAAUUGGCCGCCUCUCUCGGGGCGGAUUCAUUAACAACCAUUUCCCGGACCUCAUAAGCACUUACCAGAGUCUGAAUCUCAACCAAGAACAUAAUGUGCUCAAUGAUGAAUCCAAGCCCGACUGCCCCUCUAAUGUAACCAUCAUUUCUGAUUUCGACCGUUUAUAUAAAUCCAUCUUGACAUCCGAGUCUCCCUUAUCAGAUCAAGUUAAAUCCUCUUUUAACAAGAUUACAACUAGAAUGCUAAAUUUUCCUACCAUUGAGGAAAAUCUUUCAAUCUCUCGCCAGGCUCUUUCCCUUAUGUCUACCAACAAAGACACUAUCAACAUGACGGACUGUUCCAAGGAGCUCUUGCGACCUUUUUUAUCAUCAUUAGCAGAAUAUGUUCUCGGGAUCAAGGAUAUGGGGUCGAAAAACCAUCAAUUCUCAUUUGAUCAAUAUUACCUCGGUCUGCAGUAUGCCCUCGAUAUACCCGUUGACCAAAGAGAUCGGCGCGACAAAGAGCGGCUUAUCACUGGUCUGUCAUUGGCGUCCGCCACGUUGUCUUCAUGGAUGGAUAUUCAUUCAGCGCUUGUUGGUCGUUGGCGGGCUUUGAAUCGGACUAACGCACAACCUACUUCCUGGGUUGCUCGUCGUCUCAUUCACUUUAUGAGCAAGUGGUCCUUCUAGGUUUUCCAUCCCCUUUUUAUUUUCCAGCUUUUUCUCCCAAUCCUAUUCUUGCCCCUUCUUCAUCUACUUUUCCCCGCUUUCCCCGUUUCUUCCCUCUGUCGCCGCACUUAGCAGGCCUUGUUCUUUCCCUCCUUUUCUUUUAUCUUUUUCGCUCAUUCUCUCCCAUUUUUCCUCCUUUUCUCCAAUGCACCCACAACCAUGUCAA